AUGCUCGUGGAAUGUGGAGCGGGCAAUCCGAUGGGUUUCCGUCUCAUGCCCUCGGAUGAAGUGCGGAAUUUCAUUUCUUCACCCAUGACCUCGGCUUUUGGUGAUUUAUGUGGAACUGGAUACACGCUCUUUCAUAAAUGCGCUGGGACGGAGAGUGGGAGCAGCAAUGAGACCAGCACUGCCACAACAUUUCUGUCGCAGUCACCAAGUAGGACAGACGGCGUACUUACAAGCAGCCAUAACAGCUCUGUAGAGGUGGGUUCAGUUAGGGGGGUGUCGUUUGCGAUCCCGUCUAAUGAAAACUGGAAUCUCGGACAGACACAAAAGCCCCUGUGUGACCGGUAUGCUGUUUCCUUCGAUGAGGUUCGCUACAAUUAUAAUACAGCAAAUGGAAACGAGACAAGUGGAAAUGUUUUUCUUAUGCGUGAUCCUCUAUCAUCGUGGAAAUCGUCUCUGGGGCCAUUUAACACGGAUACAGGAUCGGGUGGCUCUGGUUCGACGAGGAACGGAACGUUUUCCAUGAACGGUGCGACAGAAUUCAAUAGGGUCAACACCGCAUCCUCGUUUGUUGGUUGCAAUGACAUUCCUACAUCCCCUGGUGUAUCGCACAGUGGGAUAAAUAUCAGCAUUGGUGCUGCUGGUAGGAGCAUGUUGGGACAGAAGAACUCGCUGAAGGUACGGCAGCCAUCGUGGGCGCCGCCUGAACAACUACGCGUGAUGAUGUCGUCACUUCUGUGCUUCUCAAAUUUUGAUGGGGAAAAGCGUUUGAAGGAGAAGACGCUGCGUUUCAAGAUGUUGCCAUCACCCGUACCAUACGAAUUGUUUUUUGCGGAAACGCUUUCAAACCCCUCAGUAGAAAGAAUGAAUCAGUACAGGUCAACGAUGAUGCGCUGGUACAAGCGCAUCCUGCCGGCGCAGGAAAACACACGCGCCCGCGUUCGUCAACGGUGCCCCUCACCGCCCAAACGCCUUAUUCAGGAAGCCGCGAUCUUAGAUGCUGCGGAGCUGCAAUCGUGGUCGGAGCAAUGUUGCCGGUGGUGGGAUGAGACUUCACGAAAGCGAACGCGUCGUGGACACCGGGGCGGAAAAGCGGUGGUAAAUAUGGGGAACGCCCAGAUGAGCGCUGCCAAGCAGCAGAGAGAAAUUGAGAAUGCCAAUCUUGCCGGGGAUGAAAAGAGGCAUUUCACAGCGGGGCAUUCAAACUUUUUACCUUCAGCAGCGGAUGCCUCACUGCGUGCACAACUUGAUGAAGAAAAUGACCAAGCAUGGAUGAAUUGGGUUAAAGAUAAUUUGGAGGAAACGUUCCUAAAAGAAGAGUAG